AUGGCUCGGCAGCGCCUGGCGCCGGGAAGGGUAAAAAGACUUUGGAUCAGUGGCUUGAAGAAGAGGAGGAGGAGACGGAAUCUGAAACCGAGACAGAAGAGGAAACAGAUUCGGAGGAAAACCGAUUUCGAGGAAGAGGACUUUGAAGAAGGAUCUGAGGAAGAAUCUGGGGGAGGGUCUGAGGAGGAUAGCGAUGACGAAAAAACAGAUUCUGAGAGUGAGGCCGUGCAUCAGGAGGAACAGCAGUUACUUCAGCAGUCAAGCUUAAACCCCGAAUAUAUAGAUAAUGGACUCGGCCUCCCGGCCGUGGUGCUAGACCUCCGCUCUGCCUCCGAAGAGACCUAA